GCGCACGCUGAGGAGCUUCGGCGGUCGGUGAGAGUGGAUCCGGUCUGAGUUUUCGGUUAAAGAGCGUGGCGCGGGUCCCCAGUGCGGGAUUCACACACAUACCUCAGGUCUCAGAAUACUUUAUAGAUGGUCAUUAUUUUUUAUGGUUCCUCUGAAAGUGAUGGCAGAGAAUCACCCAAGCCUUACAAAAAUUUGGAGCAAAAUAAAAAUUAAAGCUUGGUUCCUGAACAUCUGGCUUUCAUCUGGUAUCAUUUAAGAAGUUUGAAAAGAAUGCCGGGUCUAAGCUGUAGAUUUUAUCAACACAAAUUUCCUGAGGUGGAAGACGUAGUGAUGGUGAAUGUAAGGUCCAUUGCUGAAAUGGGGGCUUACGUCAGCUUGCUAGAGUACAACAAUAUUGAAGGCAUGAUUCUUCUUAGUGAGUUGUCCAGAAGGCGUAUCCGUUCUAUAAACAAACUCAUCCGAAUUGGCAGAAAUGAAUGUGUGGUUGUCAUUAGAGUGGACAAAGAAAAAGGAUACAUUGAUUUGUCAAAAAGAAGAGUUUCUCCAGAGGAAGCAAUCAAAUGUGAAGAUAAAUUCACCAAAUCCAAAACUGUUUACAGCAUUCUUCGUCAUGUUGCUGAGGUGUUAGAGUACACCAAGGAUGAGCAGCUGGAAAGCCUGUUCCAGAGGACUGCCUGGGUCUUUGAUGACAAGUACAAGAGACCCGGAUACGGUGCCUAUGAUGCGUUUAAGCAUGCAGUCUCGGACCCCUCUAUUUUGGACAGUUUAGAUUUGAAUGAAGAUGAACGGGAAGUACUCAUUAACAAUAUUAAUAGGCGUUUGACCCCACAGGCAGUCAAAAUUCGAGCAGAUAUUGAAGUGGCUUGUUAUGGUUAUGAAGGCAUUGAUGCCGUAAAAGAAGCCCUGAGAGCAGGUUUGAAUUGUUCUACAGAAACUAUGCCCAUCAAGAUUAAUCUAAUAGCUCCUCCUCGGUAUGUGAUGACUACAACAACCCUGGAGAGAACAGAAGGUCUCUCUGUCCUCAAUCAAGCUAUGGCUGUUAUCAAAGAAAAGAUUGAGGAAAAGAGGGGUGUCUUCAAUGUGCAAAUGGAGCCCAAAGUGGUUACAGAUACAGAUGAGACCGAACUUGCAAGGCAACUGGAGAGGCUUGAGAGAGAAAAUGCAGAAGUGGAUGGAGAUGAUGAUGCAGAAGAAAUGGAAGCCAAAACUGAAGAUUAACUUUGUGGGAAACAGAGUCCAGUUUAAGGAACACAGAGCAGCCCUUCCUGGCUGUAAACCCUAGACUUGAAAGUUUUCCAGUAUUGAAAACUUCAAAGCUGAAUAUUUUUUAUUUCCAAGUAUUUAAAUGUUCCAGCAGACCAAAACGUGAAAUGCCCUCCUGAAUGUCAGCUGUUUUCACAUAGUAGCUCUAAUACAUUUUUAAGGGAGUGGCCUGAUUUCACUAGACACAAAUCUUUAAGCUAAGAACAGUCAUAAAAUUGGGCUUGUGGUUUCCAUUUCUGAUGUCUCCACAUUGGCACCCCCUCGUAGUUCAGUGCUCCCAUGAGAUUUGCCAGGGGCACCCAAAGCAAAUAGUCCCAACCUUUCUAUAUAAAAUGUAUCAAGCAAACAUUAAAUAAAUUUCUGGGAUAUUUAA